GAACCGUUUAUGUUUCCGAUGUGAAACAUAUUUUAUUUGAUUCUAUGAAAGACUCAGAAUUGCCUUUGCACUUAUUCACUGUAAGGUUCUCAGGCAUGGAGACACAAAAGAAGACAUUUCAUUACUCAGAAAAAAAAAUAAUAAGCAUUAUUCAUUCUUAUAAUAAAGCUCUAAGCUUUGCUUUAGGCUGAUUUGUUUCUCAAGUUAAUGUGUCCCAGGUAAGGGAAGCAGAAUUGAAGAAGCUUGAUGGAGAGUUGAAAGGUUCCCAACUUCAUCCCUUUCUAUAAUAACAUUCCUUGCUCUUGUAGUUUAACUACGAAUUUUUUAAGACCAACUUAGUUCCUUUCCAUGUUGCUCUGACACGAAUACUUGCAUCUGAGAUUUCAGUGGGACUAAAGGACAUGAACUGAAAGCACCCAAAAGCGCAUGUGACUUAAUAACGCCUCUCGAGUCACACCGAGCCAGUGCUUCUUGCGCUGUGUUUGCAGUCGGGAGAGACCCCGGGGCCGGUGCAGCCGCUGAGCCCCGCCCAAAGCCGGGCCCCCUUGAGCGCGGCCAUCCGGCGGCUGCAGUGGCGCGGCGGCGCCUCCGGGUGUCGCUGUUGGCCGCCGCCGAGCGGCGCUGGAGCCGCCGCCGCCGCCGCCGCAGCGUCCUGCCCCCGCAGGCUGCUCGCUCGCCCGGCGCCGGCCACAGCGGCAGCGGCACCGCCAACAGCAGCAGCAGCAGCGGCGGCGAGAGGCGGAGAGAGGCGGCGCGCCGAGCUCGCUGCGUUUGAGCGGUCUCUGUUGUCGCCGGCGAGAGCGGCUGGAAGGGAGGCAGGGCAGCGGCAGGAGGCAGGAGCGCGGCGAGCGCUGCGGGCAGAGAAUGGCGGUGAGGCGGCGGCAGAGGCGCGGGCCGGGCGGCGGGCGAGCGCUGCUGGCCGCGGUGCUGCUGUGCGUGUGGGGCCGGGCGGCGGCCGAGCGGGUCCGCUACGCCAUCCCCGAGGAGCUGGGCAGAGGCUCGCUCGUGGGGCCGCUGGCGCGGGACCUGGGGCUCAGCGCGGACGAGCUGCCGGCGCGCAAGCUGCGGCUGAGCGAGGAGAAGCAAUACUUCACGGUGAACGAGGAGAACGGGAACCUGUACGUGAAUGAGAGGCUGGACCGGGAGGAGAUGUGCGGCGAGUCGGCGACCUGCUCCGUCAGCUUCGAGGCGCUGGUUCACAACCCGCUGAAUAUCUUCCACGUCGAGAUGGCGAUCGAGGACGUGAAUGACAAUUCCCCGGUUUUUAGCAAAGCUGCUCUGGAACUCGAGAUUGGUGAAUGGACGCUUCCCGGUGCUCGCUUUCCACUGGAGAGGGCACAGGACGCUGACGUGGGAACGAAUGCGCUGUUGACGUACCAUCUCACGAGCGACCCGUCGUUCUCUCUCGCCUUAAAGGAGACCCUCGACGGAAGCAAGCAGCCGGAAUUGGUGCUGGAGAGAGCAUUGGACCGGGAGAAGCAGAGCUUCUUUGAAUUGGUACUGACAGCAGUGGACGGCGGGGAUCCCGCGAGAUCCGGGACUGUCCGGGUUCACAUCAAUGUGACGGACUUAAACGACAACCCACCUGUGUUCAGCAAAGGAGUAUACGAGGCGCGAGUGGCGGAGAAUUUGCCAUCAGGGUCUCUCGUGCUGAGGGUACGGGCGACAGAUGCAGACGCGGGCACCAACGGGCGGGUCUCCUACUCCCUCAGCAACGUCCACGGCACCAUCAGCGCAUUGUUCACUGUCGACAGCGACAGCGGGGAGGUCAGGACGGCGGGCCCCCUCGAUUUCGAGGAGAAGAGCAAAUACAUAUUUGGCCUGGAGGCCAGGGAUGGCGGGGGUUUGGUAUCACACUGCAAGGUGCAAAUAGAUAUCAUGGACGAGAACGACAACGCGCCCGAGAUCACGAUUCUGUCGCUGUCAAGCCCAGUGCCCGAAGACUCGCCAGCUGGCACGGUGAUAGCCCUGCUAAAAGUGCGGGACCGAGACUCGGGCGAGAACGGUCAGGUGUCGUGCGAGCUGUCAGGAGAGGCGCCGCUGUCGAUCGUGGCGUCGUCGGGCGGCUCGUACAAGGUGGUGACGGCGAGCGCGCUGGACCGCGAGCAGGCGUCCGAGCACCGCGUGACGGUGGUGGCCCGGGACCGGGGCAGGCCGGCGCUGUGGAGCAGCACGGAGCUGGUGCUGGAGGUGUCGGACGUGAACGACAACGCGCCGGUGUUCGAGGAGGCGGCGUACAGCGCGUACGUGGCGGAGAACAACGCGGCGGGCGCGCUGGUGCUGCGCGUGCAGGCGCGGGACGCGGACGCGGGCGCCAACGGGCGCGUGAGCUACUGGCUGGCGGGCGGCAGCGCGGGCGCGGCGGGCGCGGCGCCGCUCGUGUCGGUGGAGGCGCGGAGCGGCGCGCUGUACGCGCAGCGCUCCCUGGACUACGAGCAGUGCCGCGAGUUCACGGUGGCCGUGCGGGCGCAGGACGGCGGCUCGCCGGCGCGCAGCUCCACGGCCACGGUGCGCGUCUUCGUGCUGGACCGCAACGACAACGCGCCCCGGGUGCUGUGGCCGGCAGCGGCGGGAGGCGGAGCCGCUGCGGCGCCGGGAGAGGCUCCGGGAGCGGCGGCGACUCCUUUCGAGGUGGUUCCGCGUUCGGCCGAGGCCGGGUACCUGGUGGCCAAGGUGGUGGCGGUGGACGCGGACGCGGGGCGCAACGCGUGGCUGUCCUACGAGCUGGUGCCGGCGUCGGAGCCGGCGCUGUUCCGCGUGGGGCUGCACAGCGGCGAGGUGCGCACGGCGCGCGCCGUGUCCGAGCGGGACGCGGCCAAGCAGCGCGUGGUGGCCGUGGUGAAGGACCACGGGCAGCCGGCGCUCUCGGCCACGGCCACGCUGCACGUGGUGCUGGCCGAGAGCUUGCAGGAGGCGCUGCCGGAGCUGAGCGACAGAGACGCUGUGUCCCACCUGACGUCUGAUCUGAACCUCAUUCUUGUUGUGUCGCUCUCCGUGGUGUCCUUAUUAUUUGUUUCCACGGUAAUUUUUGUUUUUUUCUUUAAAUUUCGACAGUCCAAGAGCCCUCCCAUAUUUAUAACUUCUGAUAAGGAACUGUAUUCCACCUUGGGUUCAAAAGCACCGUACAACUACUGUAGCAGCACGCUACCCUUGCCCUAUUCCUACGACGUGUGUUUAGCUUCCGAGUCGGGGCAGGAUUCCUGCGAGAAGCCGAGCCUGACUACUAACGCCGGGACGGGAGAGCCUCCGGCCGACCCGGACGCACUGCAGAUGUCACUCUCAGAGAUAGUUUCAUCCUUGUUACACGAUCCUGAUAAAGACAUUUUCACGUCUUCAUCGGUGGAGGAUGAAACCAGACCAUGA